UAAAUGCCAAAAGUUUAUUAUUAAAGCGGAUUGAGAAAAACACAGUUUGAAGCAGAGCUCUCAUCUUAAAACAUCAAAUUAAAAGAUUUAAAAAAUAUCAUUAGUUAAAAACUCAGAGUAAAGCCUCAUUUACUUUCCAUAGAAGUUAAUGAUCAAAUUUUCAUAGAUGAAAAUGAAAUAAUUGAUUCCAAUUAAUUAUAUUAAGUAAAUGUUCUACCUGAAAGCAAAAUUUAUGAAUUUUCAGUCGCCAAUCCGGGAGGCAAAUUCUUUAUAAGCUUUUUUGAAGAACAUGAUUUGUUAAAAGAUUUAAUAGAAUUAGUUGAAAUAUUUCUAACAUAAGUUUUAAAAGAACAAUUUGAUACUUACAAUCUAUUUUAAAUAUCUAAUAAUUAGUAAAGGGUAUAGAUAGAUUAUCAGAAAAAUAAAGAUUUGUCAAUCGGAGAACUCUUUAACGAACCAAAAAUUAACCUUCAAAUUAGAUUAGAUCGUGAAGUUUGGACAAUAAAAAUAAUUGAUAAUUUUUAAAAUAACUAAGUUAGGGAUAUUGAAAUUAAUAGAAAUUAAACCUUAUUAGAUUUAAAAAAGGAAAUAUCACCCGAUCUAAAGAAUUUUUCAUUUAUUAUUGAUGGGAAAUAAAAUAAUUAUUAUAAUUUUGAUGAAAGAUUAAUCAAGGAUGUUCUACAAAAUUACGAUACUAUAGUCAUGGUUCAAGUUCAAGACUGAG